GUGGGUGAAGAAGGGUGCUCCUCCUCCAAGAUUCUCGCCGGGAAACUCUAUCGCUCAGGCUCUUCGUGCUCCUUUGACGGGGAUGGCCUUUCUAUUUAAACUUUCACAGUCAUGACUAUAUUAUCAUUAGUGAAAAUCCUUGGAGAAAGAUGAGACUGAUUAUUUUGAAGCUUUUGCUUGCUGGUCUGCUUUCAGUUGUUGUAGCUGAUAGUGAAGGGGACGCAUUAAUUGACCUGAAAAAUAAAUUAAAUGCUACUGGUAAUCAGCUUAGUGAUUGGAAUCAGAACCAAGUUACUCCUUGCACUUGGAAUUCUGUAAUUUGUGACAGCAAUAACAAUGUUGUUCAAGUAACAUUAGCUAACAUGGGGUUCAAUGGAUUUUUGUCACCAAGAAUCGGAGAGCUGGCACAUCUCACUGUUUUGUCUUUACCGGGUAACAAUAUUACUGGUCAAAUUCCUGAACAAUUUGGAAAUCUUUCUAGCCUGACCAGUUUGAUUUUGGAAAAAAAUCUUCUAUCUGGAAAUAUUCCAGCUUCUCUUGGCAAGCUUUCUAAGCUUCAAAUAUUGAUUUUGAGCGACAAUAAUCUCACUGGUGAUAUUCCUGAGUCACUUUCUAACCUUUCAAGUCUAAAUGAAAUUCAGCUAGCAUCCAAUCAUCUCAGUGGGCGGAUACCUGCAAAACUCUUUCAAGUAGUUAGAUACGACUUUACAGGAAACAGUCUAAAUUGUGGCGGAAGCUUCUCUAUACCUUGUGCAUCCAACAUUACCGUUAAUGGAAAAUAUCAUGGUUCAAAUGUUGGAGUAGUUCUUGGAAGCAUUGGAGGCGCAGUAAUGCUCAUUAUCGCAGUGGUUUUCUUUCUACUUUGUAAGAGGAAGAACCAAGGUUAUCAACCUGAAGUCUUUGUUGAUGUUACAGGUGAAGAUGAUCGAAGAAUUGCGUUCGGGCAACUUAAAAGAUUUGCUUGGCGUGAACUGCAAAUUGCAACGGAUAGUUUCAGCGAUAAAAAUAUUCUUGGCCAGGGGGGUUUUGGCAAAGUUUAUAAAGGAGUGCUUAAUGAUAGUACUAAGAUUGCAGUGAAGCGAUUGACUGAUUAUGAGAGUCCAGGGGGAGAAGCGGCGUUUUUACGUGAAGUCGAGUUGAUCAGUGUUGCUGUUCAUAAAAAUCUUUUAAAGUUGAUUGGUUUCUGCACCACACCGACGGAGCGGCUUCUGGUGUAUCCUUUUAUGCAAAAUUUGAGUGUUGCAUACCGCUUACGAGAUUUUAAAGCUUCAGAGCCAGUAUUAGAUUGGCCUACCAGAAAAAGAGUAGCUUUAGGCACAGCUCGUGGGCUGGAAUAUCUUCACGAGCACUGUAAUCCCAAAAUCAUUCAUAGGGAUGUAAAAGCUGCUAAUGUGUUACUUGAUGAAGACUUUGAAGCAGUAGUUGGGGAUUUCGGUCUCGCUAAAUUGGUUGAUGUGAGGAAGACCUCGGUGACGACUCAGGUGCGCGGAACGAUGGGUCACAUAGCACCCGAGUAUCUGUCGACAGGGAAAUCAUCGGAGCGAACGGAUGUUUUCGGCUAUGGAAUUAUGCUUCUUGAGCUCGUGACGGGACAGCGCGCCAUUGAUUUUUCACGGUUGGAGGAAGAAGAUGAUGUCUUACUCCUCGACCAUGUGAAGAAGCUGGUGAGAGAGAAGCGGCUCGAUUCGAUCAUCGAUCGAAACCUAAACAAGAACUACAAUGCUGAGGAGGUCGAAAAGAUGAUCCAAGUAGCUCUUCUAUGCACCCAAGCGACGCCGGAAGAUCGGCCGACGAUGUCUGAGGUGGUGCGGAUGCUCGAAGGGGAGGGGUUGGCAGAAAGAUGGGAGGAAUGGCAACAGGUUGAGGUCACUAGAAGGCAGGAAUAUGAAAGGCUUCAGCGGAGAUUUGAUUGGGGUGAUGAUUCCAUCAAUAACUUGGAUGCUAUUGAAUUAUCUGGUGGUAGAUGAUAUAUAUAUAUAUAUAUAUGGUCAAAAGAGAGUAUUUUGUGCUCUCAAGUGUGCGCAUCCUACAUUUAGAAGUUCAUGUUUAUAUGUGUUUGUAUGCUGCAUCGUUCUGAUAUUUAUAAGGUA